CCCUGCAAAUUAAAUUAGAUGAUUUUUGAUGUAAAUUUCACUGUGUGUUGGUGAUGAUUUGGGUCAUCAAACUUUUUUUAAAAUCUUCAAUCAAGAUCAUUUGUUGAAAAGUUUUGUCCGAAGAGAGAGUUAUCAGGUGAUUCAUGUUUUUCAUCGCAAAAAACAAAUUGACGAUUCAAAUCAAUUAAUGUGAAUGUGAAUUUCGAAACCAGAACAACUUUCACCUUGAAUUCUUUGUGUGUGUCAUUGGAUUUACUAAAUUUUCAAUCAACCUAAAAUCAAUCAAUCAACAACAAUAACAAAAAAAAAUCAAAUGGCAACAUCAACAUCAGCACGUAUCAUACCUGUUGAUCAAUCAAUCAAUUAUUGGGAUCGUUAUUGUGAUCCACGUACAGUAAAUUUUUGGCUUAUGUCAAAUGGACCAUGGAAAUUAGCUGGAUUUACUAUUGCAUAUUUGGCUAUUAUUGUAUUUGGACAAAGAUGGAUGCGUAAACGUAAACCAUAUGUAUUACGUACACCAAUGUUAAUAUAUAAUAUUACAAUGGUUAUUAUAAAUGGUUAUUUUCUUUAUGAAUCAUUAUUAUGGUUAAAUUUUGGUCAACGUUUAUUUGAUUUUAAAUUUCCAUCAAUAAAUGAUCGUACAUCGAAUACAAUGCAUAUUAUUAAUAUGUUUUAUUAUUAUCAAUGGACAAAAUUUGUUGAUUAUUUUGAUACAUUUUUUUUCAUAUUAAGAAAAAAAGAUCGUCAAUUAACAGCAUUACAUAUUUAUCAUCAUAUUUCUGUACCGAUUAUUGGUUGGAUUUCAUCAUGGACAAAUCCAACAAUGCCUGUACUUGGUUUAUUUGCAAUGCUGAAUUGUUUUUGUCAUGUAAUAAUGUAUACAUAUUAUGCAUUAUCAUCAUUUGGUGAUAAAAUACAACCAUAUCUUUGGUGGAAACAUUAUAUAACACGUAUACAAUUAACACAAUUUGCUAUUAUUGGUACAUAUGGUUUAAUUUUACAAUUAUUUCAUAUUGGUUAUCCAUUAUUAUAUCGUACAUUACCAAUAUCACAGGCAAUUAUAUUUCUUUAUCUGUUUGGUCAAUUUUAUAUACAAUCAUAUCGCAGUACAAAUCGUAUGAUAAAAACUAAAUGAAAUGAAAUUGGAAUUUUAUUUUUUUUCUUCAAUAUAAUUGUGAUUGACAAUAUUCUUAUUCUUUAACAUUUUGUUUUUCUUGGACUGUCAUUAUUAUUUUUUUUUUGCACUUUC